ACAGAUUCCUGAGGAAUGGGUAUGAGUUUUCCCUACUAGCAAAUCCGGGAAACACUUGCCUCUAACAACGUCUAAAACCCUAAAACACAAGACUCGAAGCUCAGCAAAGCCCUCAUAGCAUUUCUCUCUCUCUCCCCUCCGCCAACAGAAACCCAAAAUUGCAAGAAAUGUCGUCUUCGAUUCCCCUCCGUCAUCUUCGCCGCCUCAGCACCACCACCGAUUCCUCUUCGAUGUCCAUUUCCAGAGCGAAAUCGAAACUCCGGACCGAGCACGACCCUGACAAAGCCCUGGAAAUCUACUCGUCCGUUUCCAAAAACUACUCUUCCCCCACCUCCUCCCGCUACGCUCAGGACCUCACUGUGCGCCGCCUCGCCAAGUCCCACCGCUUCGCCGACAUCGAGUCCCUCAUCGAGUCCCACAAAAAAGACCCCAAAAUCAAAGAAGAAAGCUUCUUGUCCACUUUGAUCCGAUCCUACGGCCUAGCCGGCAUGUUCGACCACGCCUUGAGAACCUUUGACCAAAUGGACGAGCUGGGUACUCGAAGAUCGGCGGUCUCGUUCAACGCCUUGCUAUCGGCGUGCGUUAAAUCGAAGAUGUUCAACAAGGUACCCCAACUGUUCGAUGAAAUUCCUAAGAAAUACGAGGUCUCGCCUAAUAAGGUUUCGUAUGGGAUUUUGGCCAAGUCCUACUGCGAGGCAGGUGCAACCGAGAAGGCUAUUGGGAUUUUCAAGGAAAUGGAGGAGAAGGGGGUGGAGAUAACGGCAGUGACGUUUACGACCAUAUUGGACGCUUUGUACAAGAAGGGGAAAAGCGAGGAGGCCGAUAAUUUGUGGAAUGUGAUGGUAAAGAAGAGGUGUGAGAUCGAUGUUGCUGCGUAUAAUGUGAGGAUUAUGCAUGCGCACGGUGGUCAGCCGGAGAAUGUGAUGGCAUGGAUCAACGAGAUGAGUAAUGCGGGACUCAAACCCGAUACGAUUAGCUAUAAUUAUUUGAUGACUUCUUAUCUUAAGAGUGGGAUGAUGGAUGAGGCCAUGAAGGUUUAUGAGGGAUUGGAGGGAAAUGCGUGUAAUCCAAAUGCGGCGACUUUUAGGACAUUGAUACAUUAUUUGUGUAGGAAUGGGGAUUAUGAGAAGGGGUAUAAGGUUUUCAAGGAGAGUGUGAAGGUGCAUAGAAUUCCGGAUUUUGCCACACUGAAGAAUCUGGUCGAAGGGUUGGUGGAGAAGAAGAAGAUGAAGGAGGCGAAAGGAUUGAUCCGGACAGUAAAGAAGAAGUUCCCACCAAAUGUUGUUAACGCGUGGAGAAAGGUUGAGGAGCAACAUGGUUUGGCUUCUGUGGAUGCUGAUGCUGAUGCUGUUGAAGAUCAAGAGGCCGUAGCAUAAUGAUUCCUGGCAUCAUUGUUUUGCUUAUUGAGUUGGCUGUGCUUGUUGCUUGAUCUAAUCAUCUUUAGCUGCAAAUACUUCAAAUUUGAUAAAAUUUUGACUUUUGAUGGACGAUGCUGGUUGGCAAUGUUAGUUUGCUCUGGAAAUUAAGUUUUCCUUUUUGGGGAAAAUAAUUUGUAAUCCUCGGUUCUUGUUUU